GUGACUAUUCCGGUGGCCCGAAGGCACUCGGCAUGGAGUCCGGGGUCAUCCCCGACGAGGACAUCACCGCCUCCUCGUCUUACAACCAACAGAGUGUCGGACCUCAAAACGCGCGACUAAACCGGGAGCUGUCUUCGGGCGCGUGGUGUCCGUCCAGACAACUGACUGCACCCCUUUCGGGCACCGAAUGGAUUCAAGUGAACUUUCGGGACCAGUAUGUGGUCACCGGAAUCGCAAUUCAGGGCCGGUUUGGCAAUGGAGUGGGCGUUGAAUACGUGGAGGGCUUUUGGAUUGAAUAUUCACGCGAUAACGGAAGCACUUGGCAUAAGUGGACCGAUCAGAAUGGGGAUCAUAAACUUUCCGGAAAUACUGAUACAUAUACUGUGGUAACUCAUGAGUUAUCGCAUCCAUUGGUUGGCAUUAAUCUGAUCCGAAUCGUGCCCUUUGCCAGCCAUCAGAGGACUACUUGUCUUCGACUGGAAGUGUUUGGUUGCAAACAAAGAUACCUUCCGGUCAUGUAUUCAAUGCCAGACGGAUAUGAAAGCGAUAGGUUUGGAGAUUUGGUUGACAUGACAUAUGACGGCCGUCAGGACGCGCACAGGUAUCUGUCCGGAGGCGUCGGACAGUUGAUUGAUGGCAUCAAAGGUGACGACAACUAUAAGGUUAAUAAGGGAUACGAAUGGAUCGGAUGGAAGUCUGACGGCGAGCCCAACAGUUCCGUACAAAUCAUUUUCCAAUUCCCGAAGACUGAGAACUUCACGUCCGGUGUCUUUCAUUGCCAUAAUAUUUACUCGCAAGACAUGGAAGUGUUCUCUUCGGCCAAAGUGUGGUUCAGUUUUGACGGCAAGUAUUGGUCCAAAAAACCCGUAGAGUUCUCAUAUAUGGCCGACAAUGUGAUCGAGAAGGCCAGGGAUGUAGUCAUACAUCUUCAUCACAGAAUCGGACGGUUUGUUAAGUUUGAGCUAAAGUUUGCGAAGAAGUGGAUCCUUAUAAGCGAAGUGUCGUUCAAACUAACGAGAAUUGACAUUAAUUUUACCGAAAAUUACGCUCAUUUGGAUUAUGUGCCGCCCAUUACUCCCAUCACAACCGCCGCCAUAAAUAGCAACAGAUCUCUGAUCAGCGAAUCACUGGUUUUGAUCUCUUUUGGUGUCAUAUUUACCAUCAUUUUCACCGCUAGUAUUGUUUUGCUUCGUUUCCAUAUGAAGAGGAAGGAUAAGACGGGACAUAUGGGUCACGAAGUUUCCCAUUCAAUAAAGGAUUUGGCCACUUCUCCGCUGUAUUGCGAGCCGAAGGACUUCAGUCCAUCCCGUAGUUCAUCGCUCAAUGACCCGGAAUAUGCGGUCCCAGACGUAGCCCUCACUAACCCUAACAUUACGUAUAUAACAAACAAUCAAAAGGCAACCACACUAUCCAUACCGUCGGCAAAGAGUACACCGAAACACUUGAUUGAGAAUCCAUUCGUCGGACACCAGAAGUAUUACGCGUCCACUGAUAUCAUUAAAUCGCCGAAGACUUUGGGAAAUAAUAAUUGCGUUAAACGAAAGUUUGGUAACGAAGACACCAAUGGAUCGGCGUUUAAGUACAGCAAUGGUGUGAACGACUCGAUCAUUGAUCUGAAGUGCAUUCCGCAGAUCAGCGAAGAGGAGAUCCAAUUGAUUCGUUCGCCUUUUGGUGAAUCGAAAUUCGGCGAAAUAUCGAUCGGAAAAUAUAAAUACAAGAUUAGAUCCCAAUGUGAGGAACCGGUGGUCGACGAGACACUUGUCGUGUUGAAGGCGUUGAGGAACGAGAAGCUGAGGAAUGAAUCCCAAUGUGAGGAACCGGUGGUCGACGAGACACUUGUCGUGUUGAAGGCGUUGAGGAACGAGAAGCUGAGGAAUGAGUUUUACCACGAAAUGAAGUCUAAAUGGUUUAUAUCAGCCAAAAGCGAACGAAUCGCUAAACUCUUUGGCUUUGUCUCAACCGACAAUUGCAAAGCAAUGGUUCUGGAGGUCGGAGACUGUGAUCUCAAACACUUUGUUCAAAACUGUGAUACCAAUCAAAUCGGUUAUUCAACACUGAUAUACAUCGCCAGCGAAGUGGCGUCGGGUAUGAAAUACUUGGAAACGUUAGGCUAUGUUCACAAAGACAUAGCGGCCAGAAAUAUAAUGGUCUACACCACGAAUCUGGUCAUCAAAAUCGGCGAUUCCGGCUCUUAUGAUACGCUUAACCAAAGCGAUUACGUGAACGGUUUGGCCAUCCGGUGGACGAGUCCUGAGGCCCUCAUUCACGGCCAGUUCACUACCAAAUCCGAUGUCUAUUCGUUUGGUGUCAUGUUUUGGGAGAUCCUUACCUACUGUUCACUAAAGCCUUUCCAUAAUCUGGACGACCAGUCCUUCCUGAAGGCUGUCGUCGCUAUUUAUGAACAAAUUUCUAAUAUUGAGUGCACUUAUAAAGACAUUUAUUACCAUCCAUUCACUGAUGACAACAAUCAUCGCAUUCUGUCUCAGCCGAGACCCGAUGGCUGUCCCGAAGAGAUCUACGAUCUGAUGCUCGACUGCUGGCAAACCAGUGACAGCUCGCGGCCAACGUUUCGCGAGAUAUCGCUGUUUCUGAACCGCAAAACACUUGGUUUCCAGAAACCGAUCAUAAUUUAAAUGAACACUGAAUUGAAUUCAUUAAUACAAUGGCUCUCUAUUUGCUGUAAUAUUCAUAAUAAUAAUAAUGUAAAACAUCACACAUUUGGCUCAUUUGUAUCUCAAUUCCCAAUUGCCUUAUGAUUAUGACCACUGAAUUACAAGAAUCCCUUAUUCAGAGACAACGGUUCACAGAUCUGACUAUUAAUUAGAUUAGCAUUCAUUUGCAAAGUCAUAGAAUCGCGAACUAAAUAAACCAAACAAAUGAAUGAAUACUCUGUUAUAUUCAACAAAGUUUUUUCUCUUCAAUCAAAUCCAGAAUUUGUAAAUAUAUAUGAAUUUAAUGUAAAUAAUAAACUAUUGAAUGGAAAGACAAUCUAAUCUCUGCAGCAAAAAAAGUCUAUACAAAAGAUGUGUUGUUUUGCAC